AUGUCAUUAAUUCGUCGAGACCAUAUAGCAGGACAUACUCAUGAUCGAAGUAGAUCAAGUUCAAUAGAUGGGGAAAUAGAUUAUUCAUUGUGGACCCUUGAAAAAGUUUUACAAUGGCUUGAGGAUAACUCCUUUAGUGAAUAUAAACAAAUCUUUAUUGAUUUUUUUGCAUUACGUGACCUUAGAAAAAUUAAACAUUUAUUAAAAAAUGAAACGGAAGGUCGUUAUAAAUUGAUAACGGCUAUUAGAAAGAUAGGUGAACGGCCUUCAUUUUCAGAUAAGAGCUCUCAAGAUUUAUUAGGAGGUCUUCGUGACACAUAUGGUUCAUUAUCUUAUUCACCAACAACGCAUAAUUCCUCUCAAACACGCCUUAGUGCACCUAGUUUAUUGGAAGCUACAACAAAUAAAACGCUUAAAUUAUCAACUAGUUUUCCUGACUUGCGUAAUGCAAACAAUCAUCAAAACAAUCAUUCAUUUAGUCCUACUAUUAAUCCAAGGAGUUCUUCGAUUGAUAAUGAAAAAUGGUCAAAACCAACUAUAUUAACUUCAAUUCCAUUUUUAUCUCAAGAUCCACAUGAUCAAUCACCAUAUCACUAUAAUAACAAUAAUGGCUAUCUUGAUGAUAAAACUCCUAGUCCUCCUUCACCGAUAAGCAGAAAGUGGAAACCUUUUAUUAAUCAUCCAGCAAAUAACGUUGAUAAUAUUAAUAAUAUUAAGCCUAAACCUUCGUUUUCUAAUGGAAUUUCAAAUAAUUUAGAAGAUUCAAUACCUUCAACAACUUCAACACUAAACAAUUUUACAAAUUUACCCAAGCACAAUUUCCAGUUGACAUUUGAUUUUAAGAAUUUUCGUUUAGUUGAAUUAUCUGGGGACGAACCAAGAUCUAAAAUAAAAAGAGUAAUAUUUUCACAAUUGGAUAUUGAUCCUAAUGAUUGUGAGAAUUAUACAUUUCAUUUGACUGAACUUGGACAAAAAGAAAUCGGACCAAGAUUAGAGGAUAAUGAUCUAAUUCACAAAUGUUUGAAUGCAGAUGAUCGAGGAACAUUAAAAUUUUUUGUUAAGCAUAGAUCAACAACAGAACCAAUUUAUCAUAAUUUACCAAUAAUGGCUAGCCAAAAUGAACUCAGAGCUAAUUCAUCACCGUCUAGUUUUUAUACAGGUGGUAAAUAUUUUUCAGGUGGUUUUAAUCCAACGCUCCAAGAAGGUUGGAAAAGUACAGAAGAGUUUAGUCCAAUUACUGCAGAACCAUCAGAUGAUCUACAAGACAUAAAACAUGAACUAGUUGACACUAUAGAAAAUGUUAGUAGUACUAGUGGUGGUAAACUUGCACGGGCUGUUUCAUUACGUAGAGGUGUAGAAUCGUGGAUUGUAAGGCCGACCACUGAAGAUGUAUUGGAGAACCUCGAACAAUUUUUUCCUGGACAUGAUCUUGAUAAACCGAUAACAGAAACACCUGGGACACCUGUAACACCUGUAACACCUGCACCUCCACAAAAUGCAAGUCAACAAGAAGAAAUUUCACCGCCAUCUAAAGUAAUAACAGAAAAAAGUAAUGGCAGUAAUGGUGAUGGUGGCCGUAGUGGUAACGGUGGUGCUAAAAUAACAAGAUAUAAAUCAAUUCGUUCAACACUUCAUGAGGUACACGAACGUGAAAAAAAUAAAAGAUUUAUUGAAGCUGUUAACGCGGUUAAAGCUAACAACCAACGGUUAGCUAGAAAACCUACUACCAAAUUUUGGGGUAAAAAAGCUGUUGAACAAAGACCAAUGAAAUUUUGUGAGCAGAAUGCGGAAAACAAUAUUAUGCAAGAUAAAACAACAAAUUAUGCUGUCAAAUGGGUAAAGGGUGAACUUAUUGGUAAAGGUACAUUUGGAAAAGUAUAUAUUGCGCUUAAUGUGACAACAUCAGAAAUGAUGGCAGUGAAACAAGUCGAAACUCCACGGACUCGAUCAGAUGAAAUAAAUCAAAGGCAAAGAAAUAUGGUAAAAUCUUUUAAAGAUGAAAUGAAAAUAUUAAAAGAUCUGGAUCAUGAUCACAUUGUACAAUAUAUUGGUUAUGAAGAAAAUGAAGAAGAAGUUAACAUUUUUCUUGAAUAUGUUAACGGUGGUUCAAUUGGUACAUAUUUAAGAAUGAAUGGUCCACUUAAGGAACCAGUUGUAAGAUCAUUCACACGACAAAUUUUACUAGGCUUAGAAUAUUUGCAUAAUGAAGGAAUAUUACACAGAGAUAUUAAAGCAGAUAAUAUUUUAGUAAAUGAGGAUGGUAUUUGCAAAAUAUCUGAUUUUGGGAUAUCGAAAAAAAGUGGUACAAUAUUUUGGAUGGCACCUGAAGUUUUUACUAAAGGUUAUAGUGCAAAAGUGGAUAUAUGGAGUUUGGGUUGUGUUGUGCUCGAAAUGUUUGCUGGUGAAAGACCUUGGCCAAAUUUAUCAGAUCUUGCUGCAAUGUUUAAGCUUGGAAGCGAGAAAAAAGCUCCUCCAAUAAGAGAAGAUCUUAUAAUGUCAGCAGAAGCUAGAGAUUGUCUGGAUAAAUGUUUUAUAAUGCCAACCGCUAAAGAUUUAUUACAAUCACAUCCUUUUGUACACGAUGAUCCAGACUUCCACUUCAAAGAUAAUUUAUUCAUGUAG